AUGCCGCCACGGUGUCCUGGUCCAUCUCACCUGCCCCUGGCACCAUUCCUCUAUCCAGCCCUCUUCCGGCCCCGAUAUGCCAGCUCUUCUCUCCUCCGAACGGCAUUGAGCCGUCAAGCACGCCACUCUUCCUCAUCCUCUAGCCUCAACGACCUCCCCGAAUCACGACUGAAUCCCGCACCAGAUGAUUACGCAGCCCCAAGCUUCGCCGACAAGGCUGAGCUAACGCUGUACGCCGGCCGUGGCGGCAACGGCUGCAUCUCCUUCCACCGAGAAGCUUACUAUCCCGACGGACCUCCCAACGGUGGGGACGGUGGCCUUGGAGGUAACGUCUACAUCCAGGCGGCCCACGGCGAGACUUCACUGCACAAACUGGCCCGCAGACGCUUCAUCCGCGCGGGACGCGGAAUUCACGGCCAGGGAAGCGGCAAGAGUGGCAUGCGAGGCUCAGACGUCGUCAUCACCGUCCCAGUCGGCACCAUCGUGCAGGAGAUUGAGCGGCAUGACCCGGCUGCCGAGGAGGAUAUGGCCAUAAGAGCAUUCCAAGCGCAGAAGAAACAGAGGCGCCGCGAGCUUUUGGCGCAGCAACAACUACAAGCAGAAGUGGAAGAGGAGGAGGAGCCUCAAGAGACUGACCGGCACUCAAGAUGGAAGAAUCCCGAGGACGACUACGAUCCAGAUGCCGACGACCCAGAGCGCGGCAAGUGGCUGCUCUAUCCCGGAAUGUCCAAAACCGACGUCAAAACAGCAGAGUUUCCCAAGCUUCCCAAACGAACUCGUCUCUUCCAGCAGCCUCCCCCGCCAAUCUAUCUCGACCUCUCCAAACCAACGCCUACACCCAUCCUCCUAGCAGCAGGUGGCAUUGGCGGCCUUGGAAACCCGCACUUCACUUCACGACAGCACCCAAAGCCAAUGUUCGCCACCAAGGGUGAUGAAGCCGUAACUCUCAAAAUCUCUCUAGAGCUCAAACUGCUCGCCGACGUGGGCCUCGUCGGCCUUCCCAACGCUGGAAAGAGCACCCUCCUGCGAGCUCUCACCAACAGCCGCACGCGGGUUGGCAACUGGGCCUUCACAACCUUGCAGCCAAACAUUGGCACCGUUGUCCUGGACAAGUACUCCGGCCGUCCCAGCGUCAAAGCCGCUCAAACCACCACUGACGAUGGUGCUAUUGGCGGGCCAAGAACGCGCUUCACCGUCGCAGACAUCCCCGGCCUCGUCGAAGGAGCCCAUCUCGACCGCGGCCUCGGAAUAGCUUUCCUGCGCCACGUUGAGCGCGCCGGACUCCUCGCCUUCGUCAUUGAUCUCAGCGCCGGCAACGCUGUCAAGGCCCUACAGUCCCUCUGGCGCGAGGUGGGCCUCUACGCCGAGAUGCGCCAGGACGAAGAGCGCUCCCGCGAGAUCGAGUCCCGCGUCGAUUGGGACCUAGUCUCCCAGGCCAGCCGCGGACCGAUCAACCUGAUGGGCGCUUCAUACGGAACGUCGCUGCCGCCCAUGCAAGAAGCGCAGACGAGGAAGGCUGCUCCGGCGUUGGAAAUUGCUGGCAAGCCGUGGUUUGUGGUCGCUACCAAGGCUGAUCUGCCGGAGACACAGGAGAAUUUCAAGGAGCUCAAGACGUAUCUUGAUAAUGUUACCGAGGGGCGAGAACAGCAUCCGAGCGGCGUGGAAGGAGCGUGGACGAAGAGAUGCGCUGCCAUUCCGGUGAGUGCGAUCAAGGGGAAGGGAGUUGAUCGCAUUAUUCACUGGACCGUUGGGCUGUUGGAUGAGUAG